CCCCCUUCUCCCCUCCCCCGCAUGAGCCUCAGCUUUAGCCAGCAGGCCGGGAGGCUUGCUGCCGGGGCCGGAUCCGGGCCGGCUCCCUCCUCUGCUACUGGCGCUGCCCCGGCUGCCUCGGCCGACUCGGACUCGGCCAACUCGAAUGGCGUUCCUUCGCCCAUCCUGCCGGCUCUCUGCUCGCCGCUGCCUCCUUCUCUACGAUCGAUCACCGCCGAUGACCACCAGUAUGCUCCAGCCCUACCGGUGGUUGGGUUCCAUUUUGACUCCAUUCUCCGGUCCCCGAGUGGUGGCUCUCCGGCAUCUAGCGCCAGCCAGGUGCGCUUCUGUCCAUGCCCCUGCCUCCGGGCGUCCAUGCUCCUGACAGCUCCCUCGCCCCCCUCGGCUUCAUUGUCCCCAUCUCUCCAUCGGUCUCUGGGUCUCCCUCCUCCGGGGGAGGGGGGCCCUCUGGUAUCUUCCUCCUGCUGGUGCCUCACCCUCACAUCCAGCCCUGGGCCACACACAUGCGUAACGAGAUCCUCGCCUAUGCCCAGUCUAGCUUGGGGAACAUGCAUGCCAUCGAGCUGGAUUCGGCCUUCCCCGAGCCGGAGCUGAUUGCUGCCUGCGGCUCGGCCUCAUCGACCAACCAUCCGCUUCCUGGCAGCCUCGGUCUCAUCAAUGUCCGGCAAGUGGCCCAUAACUUUCGUCAACUCCCUGGCACUGUUGUGCUCGUGCGACUGAUCAACAACCCGCUGAAUGGGGUCUUGGACUUGGCCAAGUUGGAUAACGUCAAACUCGGCGACUUGGGCGAGGAUUCUCCCGAGUUCGACCCCCUGUCUUCCUCCCCUCCGCCCAGUCCGAGCCCCUUCCUGCCCACCGCGGCCGCCACCGCGCCAGGCGUCCUGCAACCACUUAGCCCCGAUCUCAAGAGCCUCGAGAAGCAGGAGGAGGAGCACCUUGUGUCGGAGGUUGUGGCUUCUCGGGUUUCCUGGUUGGACCUCUCCACGCGUGUGGUUGUCCUGCUCAUCUCCCUCCCGCUCCUUUCGCCGCGAAUGAUCUCGCCCGAUGUUUUGGAGCAUGCCCAAAAGCGCCACACCCGCCUGGCCUCGGUCCUCAAUGCAUCAGCCAGCAUUGCGGUCAGCAGCUCGGGUACCUCAUCGGGCGCGGUCCCCGGCAAUGUAGCCCCCUUUGCCCGGCCAGCCCACCACUCGGGCAACUCCCUCAUUGUCUUCUCCAAAAUUGGUCUCAAGGACUCCCUGGCCUUCUUCAAGAAUUUUGAAGAAGACCUCCUGUCGCCCACGCAGCUGGUGUAUCGGACCCGCGCGGCCAUCAUCAGCCAGCUGGAGCUGGAUGCCCUGCCGAAGGGGUCCCGCGUGCGGCAUGUUCUUGGCCGACGGAUUUCGGCCUGUGUUCGGGCCGGCUUGGCUCUCGAGCAAAGUGGCCCCAUGCGGGACACCCUGACACAUUAUGGCGAUGCGGUGGUGGCCCUACGGGAAUUGGCCGGGUUUGGGGUUUUCUCCGCGGCCGGAUCGCCGCCGAUGUCCCCAUCGGUGGGCCCACUUUCCGCGCCGGCCAGCACCCGGGCCUCGGUCAACACAUCGACCACCUCUCUGCCCGCUGUCGGGCCGUCGGGGAUUGGCGGCUCGCAUACGCGCUUAUCCCUCAGCAGUUUGCAGGCCUCAGCCGAUGACCUUUCCGGCCUGGAGCCACCUCUCGGCCCGGGCAGCGGCACGGCCCUGGUCGAGUCCCCGGGUGGGGAUGGCUCAUCCAGUUCGCUGGAUGUUCCGGAGCUCACGGGCGAGGGGGUCGGGACAAUGGCCGGCGAGGGCAUCUCCACGGCCAUCGAGAGCCCGGUGCCCUCGCCCCGGCUUGAGACCCACUCCGAGCCCCAAGAGCAUGCUGCUGGCUCGCCGAACAUUGGGACCUCGGGCGAGUCAUCCUCCGGCCAGAUGACUCUGGAAUUCCUGCUCGAAGUUCGCGGGGUGGCCGAGUGGCUCUUCGCCCGGGGGUGCUUCACCCACACGCGCCUCCUUCAGGCGGAGCUCUCGGUCCUGGGUCUGGCACAGCCAGAGGUCAUCCUCAGCCGGCUGCGCGCCGGGACCUACGGCCAGCUUGAGAAGGAAUGGCUGACUGGCCAUCUGAGUUUCGCCCAGUGGCUGUGUGAUCGCUUUGACGAGUCCAACCCCGGCGUCGGCCCGUUGGACCAAUCGAUCAGCUCCAGUGCCUUGCACAUUGACCAUUUGACCUGGAUCGCCCGGCAGAACAUCAUUGUGGCGCUGGCAUAUCGGUCCUGCGUACCGCAGUACCGCCCCACCGCUACCAGCGGUGCAGCCGGCCCUGCGGCCGGGACCUCGACACCCAGUUCGCCGGUCACUCCCAGUGCUGUCCCUCUGACCCGGCAGUCCAUCACACACCAUCAGAACAUCAUCCGCGCCCGGCGAGCUGCCCUGCUGAGCCGCGCGAGCACACUCUUUGCCGCCGGUGCUGGCCAGCUACGCGUCCGCGCCGAGAAGUCGGUGCUCGUUCAGCAGCUCCUGAUCAACAGCAUCGGUGCCAGUUCGGGCGGCAUGCCGGCGGACACCGUCGCCGCGGCCAAUGGCCCCACCGCUGGCAGUGGCCUCCUGCACCUUGUCGCUCGCACCAACUUUUUGGGCGUCUAUGCCUGGGCCGGACGGAACCCGGUGCACCGGGCCAUGCACUGGCUUCAGUCCGGGUCCGGGGCCUGCUGCAUUGUCAACCCGGCAAAUGACCAAGCCACCGGGUCGGGGGCCGUGCGCUUCGUCGUACCCGAUGCCCCGGGGACGAGCCUGCUGGCCACGACCGUGCUCCCGACCACGGCCACGUCCGGCAUUCACAGUCAGGCCGAGGACCCUGGCGCCGGGGCCGGAUCCGACUCCGGGUCUGUCAACUCGAGCCACACCUCCGACGCCGCUGUGGCGGACAGCUCACCGAGCGUCACGUCAGCCCCUCUGGCUGUCACCUCGGACACCUGGCAUUCCAACAUCCUGGAUGAUGACGGUGGGGAGCAUGAGCCCUGGCUCGCCGCGGUGUGGUGCCUCGAGCAGGCUGCCACCAUCCAGCACCACCUGCAACUUGGAACCCUGCUGCUCUAUACCCUGGCCCAAAAGGCCGUCUUCUUGCAGCUGGCCGGCCAUACGGCCUUGGCUCUGGCGGUGGCUUGUCGCGUCCUCUCUGCCCAGGUGGACCGUCAGAUGCCACUUGCUCGGAAUGUCCCGCCCCUUUUGCGGCUGGCUGGCCCAGGUGUGGCAUACCAUCGCUAUGAGCAGGCUCUUGCCGGGGUACUUGCCCCGCGUCCAAGCCCCUCUCGCAGCCCGUAUGUCGGGCCUCAGGGGACCGAGUGCCAUGCUCUUCUCCCCACCCGGACGGUCCUUGGUCUGGCCCAUUUGGCCUUGCAGGCUGGCCGGCGUUUGGUUGUGACCAGCGGCGAGCAUGUUGAAGUCGCUCAGGCCACCCUGGGGCUUGGACUUGCGAUGUUGGCCACUGCCCCGGGCUCGGUGGCGCCGGCCGACCGGGCGCAAGCCCUGGAGCUGGUCCGCCUUCUCGGGCCGCUGCUGGAUGCGGCCGUCCCGGCCGAUGGUCCCCCGGCCGAAGCCCUCCCCCUGUGCUGUCCCUUCGGCCUGGUUGCCGAGCUUUCGAACAUUGACGGUACAUCCGGGCGGCAGCAGGCGCCGCAGCUCGCCCUCGACCUGACCGCCAGCUUGCCCAUGGGCCUGCGGUUUGCGGGAGUUCGCUUGCACUUCACACCAAUUUCCAGCCGGGUGAAGAUGUUCGGCGGCAUCAUCCCCCCGCCUGUUGCCUGGCAGACGGUUGAUUGCAAUCUGGUCUCCGGCGAAGCGGACGCCCUUCUUCCCGCCGUUGAUCCUGUCGCCGGUCCGACUCCCCACCGGUUCACUCUCGACGUGCCUAGCUCGUCUUUCCGAUCCCACUUCCAAAUCGAUCGCAUCUCCCUGCUUGGCGUGCAGCUCCUCGACUCUGAGUAUUGCACCCUGCGGCGCCCUGUGCUCCUCGAGCUCCCGCUUGUGUCCUCCAUUUUCCCAAGCAGCUCCCUUCCUCCGCAGGGGGACAUUGUCCCCCGCGGUGUGAACAUUCAGCCGGUCCUUCUGCCCGCCGAGACUGCCGAGCCCGGCUCCGUGUGUCUCGGUGAUGACUUGGCCCCGGAGGGAUUUCUCCUGCUGGAUGUUUGGUACUCCCUUAGCCCCUUCUUCUCCUCCCCGGGGAUUACGGCCGCCACGGAUCUCCAACUCCGGGUCGCCCCCUCUUACCUGGACAUCGAAGUGAGUCAGACGCCACCGACCCCGGCGCAGCUGGCACGAGGCUCGGUCCUGCCCUUCCCCUUGGAUGCAUCUGCUGGCAAAGACACAAAUCCCCCCCUGCAGACUUCUUCCACUCAACGGACCGAGGAAAUCAUCCGCCGGGGUCGCGCGGUUUACCUGCGCUUUAUGGCACCCAACCGACCGGCGAGCGCUUCCGCGACCUCGAUGGCCGGGUUGCUUCGGCUGCUGGCCUCGCGCAAGUUGACCGUCUCCCUGAGCAUUGUUGGGCCCCAGCGGCAGACCCUUCUCACACGGUCAAUGGUCGUGCAGGCCCCCUUCCUGGCUCGGGCGUCCUCUGCCUUUAGUCUGGAUCUGACCCUGCCCCAGUAUCUGCGCACUCCGAGCCUUUGGCUCCAUGCAGUGGAAACCGGCACCGGCGAUGAGACCACCUCCCUCUGGAAGCCCUGUGCCGAUCAGCCUCAGGGGCCCCUCCUGCCCGGAUCUCGCGUCACCCUCCUCACUCCAAGCGCGGCCCUUGUGCAUGUGAGCUAUUCCCUCCCCGGUGAUGCCCCGGCACCCAGUCCUCGGCGACAAAUCCACUUCUCCCUCAAGCAUCCGGCCCCACCUCCGCCGUCCAUCUCGACUCCCACCUACACGCUCAUAGCCGAUGUCCCGGCAUGUGUCCCCUUGCUCAAGCCGACACCCAUCCGGGUGAUGGUUGUCCCGCCCCUUGGUCCUGAGGUCCAGAACUGCCGCAUUCAGCUGGCACCUACCCAGACCCAGCAGCCUGGGACCCCGACAUCCGGCGGAGCCAGCGCCAACCGGGCCGAGGGCAUUCCCUACCAGGUGGUGGGCCCCCAGUCGGCCCCGGCCGACGGGACUGCCGAGCACAUUUGGAACCUUUUGCCAUAUCGUACCGGUGUCCUUCACCUGCCGGUGUUCGAACUACACAUGGGCGGGUCUACCACCCCGAUGGCUGUCAGCCUUUCUGGAACCACCACUGUGAUGGAAUAAACCUGUGCUUCUCCCGCGGGAAAGGCCCCCUUCCCA